UGGCUCCGGCUCCUCCUCCUCCUCCUCGUCGCCCCCCUCCUCCUCCGGCGGCGGCGGCUUCCCAGGCUCCUCUCCGGGUAAACAGCGAUGGCCGCCGAGGAAGGAGGCGGCGAGCCCCGCAAUAACAUGGGCAACCACCUGCAGCCGGCGCCCGCAGAGAGUGAGGAAGAGGAUGACAACGAAAUGGAAGUUGAAGAUCAAGAUGGUAAAGAAGCCGAAAAGCCUAACAUCAUUAAUUUUGACACCAGUUUGCCAACGUCACAUGUGUAUUUAGGUUCUGAUAUGGAAGAGUUUCAUGGGAGAACGGUGCACGAUGACGACAGCUGUCAGGUGAUCCCAGUGCUGCCCCACGUGAUGGUGAUGUUGAUUCCUGGACAGACGUUACCUCUUCAGCUUUUUCGCCCUCAAGAGGUUAGCAUGGUGCGGAAUUUAAUUCAGAAAGACAGAACAUUUGCUGUUCUUGCAUACAGUAAUGUACGUGAAAGGGAAGCACAUUUUGGAACAACAGCAGAAAUAUAUGCCUACAGAGAAGAGCAGGAAUAUGGAAUUGAAACUGUCAAAGUGAAAGCAAUAGGAAGACAGAGGUUCAAGGUUCUUGAAAUACGAACCCAGUCGGAUGGAAUCCAGCAGGCUAAAGUACAAAUCCUUCCUGAGCGAGUGCUGCCUUCAACAAUGUCAGCAGUACAGCUGCAGUCUCUCAGCCGAUGCCACAUAUUUCCUUCUUCAAAACCUACAGCGUGGCAGGACCGAGCUUUACGUCAGUGGUGGCAGAAAUAUCAAAAGAGGAAGUUUCACUGUGCAAGUUUGACAUCUUGGCCUCCCUGGCUUUACUCUUUGUAUGAUGCUGAAACCUUGAUGGAAAGAGUCAAGAGGCAGCUACAUGAAUGGGAUGAAAAUCUUAAAGAUGAGUCUCUUCCAACAAAUCCAAUAGAUUUUUCUUACAGAGUUGCUGCUUGCCUGCCAAUUGAUGAUGCAUUACGUAUACAAUUGCUUAAAAUAGGUAGUGCUGUUCAGCGACUCCGGUGUGAAUUAGAUAUUAUGAACAAAUGUACAUCUCUUUGUUGUAAGCAAUGCCAAGACACAGAAAUAACAACCAAGAAUGAAAUAUUCAGUUUGUCCUUAUGUGGACCCAUGGCAGCAUAUGUGAAUCCUCACGGAUACAUCCACGAAACCCUUACUGUAUAUAAAGCCUGCAACUUGAAUCUCAGUGGACGACCAUCAACAGAACACAGCUGGUUUCCUGGAUAUGCGUGGACUAUAGCCCAGUGCAGAAUCUGUGGGAACCACAUGGGAUGGAAGUUCACAGCUACCAAAAAGGAUAUGUCACCUCAAAAAUUCUGGGGACUGACACGGUCUGCUCUCCUGCCUCGGAUUCCAGAAACAGAUGACGAAUCAGGCCAUGAUAGAUCACCGUUACUCUGCCUGUAAUCCAGUAACCUGCUUUUGGAGAUGAACAGGCAGUAGUCUGUCUCUUAGAUGCAUCUGCUCAGUUCUGCAUCUGAUGCUUACUUAACCUUAAAACAGAACAAAAAAAUACACCCCCCCACAAAAAAACACACCAAACAAGCAGGCUCACUACGUUUGGAGUUGGUGUGCAUCCACAUUACUGUUUCUUCAGCCACCCUGAGAACUGAAGGUUGAAUCUUUAAAAUGACAGCUGGGGAGAGAAGGUGGUAUGAGACACCAAGAAAUCACUUUGAUUCAUCUGGACAGAGUUGACUGAACUUUCUGCUUCUGUGUAUAAUUUCAGAAAUGUUUACUGCUAUCAACCUACAGUGAAAGGAGACAAAAACUAAAAUUGCAAUUAAACAGAGUAUAAUUUAUGCAAUAUAUGAUGGUAGAUACCAGUUACCUACUGCGGAGUAUUUCCCGUAAUAUACUUAAGUGUUUUUGAUGAGAAUCCCUGUUUCUAACUAUGUGGAAUACUUCCAAUUUUAUGUUCAUGCUGUUUCUCAACUAUUAGCUGAAUAACCAACAAAGAGAGUACAAGGCUGAACCAUGUAUUUUGACUGAUAGUGUGUUGGAAAUGUUUGUGGCAGUGCUGUAACUGGCAGAAGCAAAAGCUGCCUGCAGCUAGAACAAGUAUGUUACAAAAUGCCCUUUGAAAAAAAACCUUAUUAUUAUGUAUAUGGUCCUUAUAAGUUAUCUGAUAUAUUGAGCAUUUUUGACUUUAAAAGUCUUUUAAAUUAUUUAUACAAAACAUACAGAUCAGUCCCAGAACCUAAAAUACAUUGCCAUUUACUAUUGAAUGUGCUUAUAUUUACUUUUCAAAAUUAUUUCUGUGAAGAUUAGUUUACAGGUAUGCGUGCCCAGGGUUCUGUGAAGUAUCCUCUGCAGUACGAGGCUAUGGAGACUUUUCACUAACACAUAUUUUGAUAAGGGGGAGGCAACAUAUCUUUUUCUUUUUCUUUUAGACUUUCAUAUCAGAAGGUAAAAUUUUGCAUUAGCACCUUACCCUACGAAAGGCAAACCUUUCUGAAUAAAACAGAAACAAAAGGCAGUGCUUUUUGUUUGGUUUUGAUUUCUGGAGUGCUGUCUGUGCUACAGACACGGGUGCCAAAACAGGGCAGCUUUUGCUGCUGCUGGGUUGAUUUUUUUCAUCAGAGUGCACUUUGAUGGCAGAAACUGAAGAUGGCAAGAUUUCUUCAGUUUGUGUAUACAUACAUAUUUUCUUUUUCUUUUGAAGCUUUUUCAUUCACGCUUUAUUUCUUCUGUGUAAAUCUUUAAGAACUUGCAUUAUUAAAUGCUAUGACACAAAACUGCAUAAGAUUGAAGACAUAAGCCACUAAUUGUUCCUUCUCAGUCACACUCUUACAUCAAACAUGUAGCAUGGAUAGAUUACUGCAGUGAAAGGCUAAAGCCAGACCUCUGCAAGACAAGUAGCUGAUUUAAGUGGUAAUGUGGUAUUUGUUACAGCACAGCUGAGAAAAAAAUCCAGAUGUGAAAAGAUGCUAGAAGCAGAAAGCUGUUAGGAUAGUUUAUUAUGCUAGGUAUGUAGAAACUAAUGAUUGUGUAACUCAGGUUUAGUUCUUUGAAGCCUUCUACCUCUGUGCUUCUGUGAUAACUUUUGUUCUCUCCGUAGACAUCUUUAGUACCGUAUUUAAUUGUGUGUGCAGUGCUCUGACUUGCCAGUGAACCAUGAAAAGCAAUACUUCUUUGAAUAUAAUUCUGAACAAAUAGGGGGUGAACGAUGGCUCAUUUUCUUAAAGAAAACAUUCUGUAUUUUGAUUAUGUUUCUAUAAUAAGCUUUCUAAAGACUGACAUGGGAAGCGCUAGUGUGAGCGAGAGACUGCGAAACUUCUGUACUUAGCAACCACGUAAGUCAUACUCAGCUUUCCCCCUCAAUCCCUGCACAGGCACGGACAUACAUGCGGCACACACAUGGGUGCACACAGACACAUGUGGCUUAGCUGUAGGCUUAGUUUAUUUUUUCCCUCUGAGAUACUCAAGUACCUGUUGUUCCUAUCACCCUCCGUAGGUCUUGUGGGCAGUGGGAAGGCUGAAGGUGCUUUAAAGUACCUUCUGCUGCCGUUUGCUUUAAGCAUCCACAGAGGUUUGGUGGUGGAGCUUUUAAAAUGAUUGUUUUCUCAGCUCUCACUGAACUUUGUAAGGUGUUUUGGGUUUUGGCCAAGUCUUUUAGAUUGCCUCAACUUAAAAAUGGCAUUAUGGUGGCAAUGCUUGAAUACAAAAUAGGCAUAUUUUUGGUAUUGUGUAUAUAUAGUCAAAUGUAAACUAAUAUAAUCAAGAUAAGUCAGAAGUAAAUUUCUCUGUUAACUUAAUUUUAUUGUUGACGAUGCUUUUCCAUCUGCCUAACCUUCUGUGUAAUUUGCCAUUUCAAAGUCCAUGACAAUUUCCAGGUUGAAAGCAAGUAUAAUUCACCUUGCUGCAGAAAUGACGAAUUCUGCUGUGGUGAAGCUGGCCAUUGAAGUGUUACAUGGGUAAGAAUUCCCAAAAUGUACCACAUGUGACUUUCAGCGUGGAUGUAGAGUUGUGAAUGGUUCAAUACGUUGGUUAAUAUUUUCUAUGCUUUUUUUCUCUUUUUUGGAGAGAAAACUACUAGAAUGUUGGGAUUGUGGAAAAUUAUUUCUGACAAAUAUGGGCAUCAUACGCUUUUGAGAGCUAAGUACAAAGGAAAUCAGCAAAUUUUAUUAUAAUAGCUGUAUUUACUAUGUUCAUUGGUUGGCAUGUAGUUUCAUGCUGUAAUUAAUCCAACCGACAUGCCGCUGCCAAAGGGACUGCUUCUCUCUUCUCUCCCCCUGUAAUUUGUGUCUGUAUGUGAGACCUGGGAAUUACAGUCACAGGAUUGGAGCACUGAUCACAGCCACAUCCGUGCCAGGUCUGAUGGAGGAAGGAUGAAGAAGCAUCGGGGGGGGGGGGGGGGGAUAGACUGGGGACUGCCCCGUUGAGCAGAACAUCUCAGCUGGGUUGGAGUACAAGUAGCAUAGAACUGUUCGUUUUCAAGCUAUCAUUGCCGUAGCCAUAGAAUAAAGACGUCAUACAAUCGGAGCCUGUAAUUUUGCAAGUUUUCAUAUAUUUUAGUUUAGAUUAAUAGGUAGAAUCACAAUAGGACAUUUGCACACUUGUUCUGAAAUGUUCAAACUGUUCUUUUUUAAUAAUAAUGCUAUUUUUGUAUGUGCUGCAAUUAAUUUUGUUCUUCAUUGUUUUUCACCUUUAACUGCUUUGUAAAAGCUGCAGAAGGGGUGGCACACUCUGCUUUAACUCUUCCUCUAUCUGCCUUUUGGGACAACUUUUUUCUGAAAAGUCUUGUUGCUUGCAAACAUUUGCAAAGAAUAAAACUCAAUUUGUUUCAAAACUGA